AUGCAGUCUAAUCCUACAAAUCUCAAAGAGUUUUCAUCUUAUCUUCGCUCCUCCUCUCUCCAUCUGGAUAUCCUUUGCUUGCAAGAGGUAUCUCAUUUCCGCUCUCAAUCUACUCUCACUGAAUCUCAAGUCCGUUCCUUUUCUUUUGCUUUUCCUAAUUGUUCUCUCGUUGUGUCCAAGCACUGUGCUAUUAUAUGUCUCAAUUCUCGUUAUUCUUUGGUGGAUACGGAGGUAUUGUUGGAUGAACGUUGUCUUGUUGCAUCUGUCGUAGAUGCCUCAAGCAAUGUUUUGUGCAAAGUGGCCAACGUCUAUGGUCCAGCGCAGUCUUCUGACCGUCCUUCAUUUAUCUCUGAUUUUCUCUCUCUUUCUGUUUGGUCUGAUGUGUUCAACACACCUUGGAUGGUUAUGGGUGAUUUCAACAUUCACUUGCACUCUUUGUCUACUUCUCGUCAAGCCGAUGUCGCUCCUUUUGUUCACUGGUUGCGUACUCACUUUGUCAAUUGUCAUCCGGAUGGUUUAGCCACGUUUCCAAAGAGCAAUACUUGUAUUGAUUACAUCUUUGGUCACUCUUCUCUUGCUCCUCGUUUGACUAAUAGUCAGUUACUAUAUAUGCCUAGUAGGUGGACGGAUCACUCUCUUUUGACUGUUGAAAUGUUACCUGCGACAGCUAGUAUUGGUCCUGGUAGUUGGCGGUUCAAUCCAACUCUGCUUGAUGAUAAGGAAUUUGUUGCGUUGUUGAAUGCCACGGUGUCAUUGUUCUUCUCUGGUGCUGUUGGUGGUGGGUCUAAGGGUGUCAAUACUAGUCAAGGUAGUAGUGGUGACUCUGAAAGCACGGUGGCUAGAUGGGAAUCCUUCAAGUUGUUACUAAAGUGCUGUGCACAAAAGUACACUAGAAGCAUGAAAGCACGAUUCAAGAACAAAGUUUUUACGCUUCAACUGGAACGUAUUAGGGCUUUGUCGACGUCUGUAUCGGGUGUUGAGACUAGGAAUGCUAUUGGUCAAACUGAUAGAGUGUCUACUGCUUCAGGUGAUGCUGAACAGCAGGUCAGGCAACUAGAAGUUUUGAUUGAGGAUCAGAUACAGAAAGAGACUAGUCAGAAUAUGCUUCGCUCUGCCACUCGUUGGUUAGAACAGGGAGAACGUAGCAACAAGUAUUUCUAUCGUUCGAUCAAGGUGCGAGAGUCUCAACAGACAAUUCAAUCCUUAAAGUGCUCUACUACUGGGGAUAUCUUGGUGGAAGCAGCAGCUAUCAACAGGGAGGCACAAGGUUUUUAUCAAAGGCUAUAUACCCCUGAUGCUGUCGAUGCUGAAGCUAUCGAUACUCUCCUGGGGAAUGUUCCAACUGAUGUACGUCUAUCAUCUUUGGAUGGUGAUAUGCUAAUGGAACUUCCAACUCGCGAUGUUUUGUUGUCUCUGCUCACUCAUGCUCUCAAGUCUAAAAGUCCUGGUCUUGACGGUUUGCCUUUUGAAUUGUAUCAAUAUCUUGCUGGUGUUUCUACUGAUUUUCUUGACUUGCUUGUGGAUGUGUUGGGUGCAGCUUUUUCUGGUGUGUUUCCUCCUUCGUGGCAACAAACUCGUAUGGUCUUAUUGUUCAAGAAGGGUGACCCUCAGUUGUUGGUUAACUGGAGACCUUUGUCCUUAAUUAACAGUGAUGCCAAGUUAUUUACAAAGCUCAUUGCUAAUCGUAUGAACAAAGUGUUGCCAAAGUUAAUCAACCCUUAUCAAACUGGUUUUCUCCCUCAUCGUCUGAUCUCUGACAAUGGCUGGUUAAAUCAGUUGUUGAUGUCUCACUUGCGUGUUGUUGCUCCUGAUUUACCUCAAGUGGCUGUUUUGUUGGAUCAAGAGAAGGCGUAUGAUCGGGUUCAUCCUGAAUAUCUUUGUCGUGUGUUGCUCCGGUUUGGUUUUCCUGGUGAGUUGGUGUCUUGUCUGUCUUCUUUGUUCUUUGGAACCAAGAUUUCAGUGUCUAUCAAUGGUUGGCUUGGUGCUCCUGUACCUCAAUUGCGAGGUCUUCGUCAAGGUGAUCCUCUGUCUCCAUUGCUAUUCAAUCUGGCAUUUGAGCCUUUGCUUCGUUCUCUCCUUGCUUGUCCUGGUCUUUCUGGUGUUACUCUGUCUCCUGUUAAUAUCCCACGUAAAUGGAAGCCUUCACCGGUUGAAGUUCGUGUGGAUCAUGGUACUGGUUCCCGGAAUUGGACUUUGGACUUUGUCAGUGGCUCUGUUGCUCCUCCUCCUGUCAAGAUUCUAAGCUAUGCGGAUGAUCUUGAGGUGUUUUUGUCUUCGCCAGAAGAGUGGUCUGUGUUGUUGUCUGUUCUUGAUCUGUAUGGCCGAGCAUCUAAUGCGAAAGUCAAUAUCAGCAAGACAGUGUUGGUGUCGUUGUCUGGUGUGUCACACUCUGCUUGGGUUGCUUUGGCUGAUUCUACUGGUCUCCAGUGGCAUGACGCUCACUCUCGUGGUGCAGUACGUUACUUGGGUUAUCCCUUGUAUCAUACUGAAAGUCAACUUCAAGACUAUCUUGAUGGUGUCUUGGUGAAGGUCCAGCGACACAGUAACUUGUUGAAACAAAGGAAUCUCUCCAUUAGGGGAGCAGGACUAGUGGCUAACUCGUUACUGUUGUCAAAGGUAUAUCAUUUGUUGCGUGUUGUUCCUGGUGGUGCUACUACUGCGUCGUGGUUGAAGUCUCUCACUACGGUGGUCCGUGAGUAUCUGGUGUCCUUUCGCCCUGGUGUUGCUUGGUCUACUUUGUGUCUCCCCCGCAAGUUUGGUGGUGUUGGUCUCGUGGAUAUAGCAGAUCAAAGCUUAGCUUUGCAUCUUGUCUAUUUGCAACGUUUGUUGCGUCCACCCUCUCCCAGUGAUUUGUCUCCUCUUGGUUGGUGUAUGCUUUUCAAGUUUACACUGUCUCGUGUGUCUUCUGUGCCUGCUCUAACACAUCUUGGAAAGCUUCUGUUGAGAUUGCCAAAGCUAGUUCCUUCCUCUGGUUGGUCUGCUAGGUGGUUUCUUGAUCUUCCCUUGUGUUCUGUACUCAGUACUGUGCCUUCUGUUCGUCCUCCUCGUGAUCCAUCAUCUCUUGAUCCUCGUUUCUUGGUGUCGGAUGUCUCUUUCUGGCAACCUGAUCUAGGUAUAGUUGAUGGUGUCACCUCUCAUCUUGCUUGGUCAUCUCGUGUUUUGCGCCCUGUUUUUCUUGCCUUGAACCGUGAUCGUGGUCCUGUCUCUCUGGUAUUCCCGCCUGUCAUGGAUAGUAAGAUAGUCUUGUCUCAAGCAGACUAUUUUGCUAUGCCCCGUUCUGAUGGUGCUACCUCUUGGAUGCCAGAUUGUACACAUUGGACUGUCUCCAACUCGUCUCGUUCUGCUGCUCCGGUUGCUCGUCUCUCUCUUGGUGCUUUGCGAAGGUAUUGGCACCCUGCAAAGGGUACCAUUACCUCUCGUAUGGGUCCUCCCUUGAAGUUGCCUGCCCAUUUGUUGCUGUCUCCUGCUUUGUGGCGUCUUUUCUGGUCCCUGGAAAUGCCUGCAAAGGCUUUCACACCUUGGUGGCGAUUGCUACAUGACCGUGUCCCGCACCGCUCGUGGUGUCAUAAGAUUAUGCCUACAAAAGUUCUGUCUCCUGCUUGUGCUCUUUGUGGUUUUGCUACAGAGGACCUUUACCAUUUCGUGGUGGGUUGCCAUGUCAAGUCAUUUUUCUGGCAGGAUGUAGUCUCUUUGUUGUCACUUCAAGAGCUACUCCCCUCUGCUUCUUCUAUUUGGUUGGCGCUGACUACCUUUUGUAGUGGUUCGGAUUUGUUGGUGAUCGAUGAGGAUGUUCUGAUUGCUCUUGGUGCUGCUUACAGUACACUUUGGAAGUAUCAUUGGCGAUGCGUCAUAGACGAGGAGCCUUGGAUAGCUUCUGCUGCUAUCAACAUGGUCCGUCAAGACCAUAGUACACUCUUUUCUUCUCUUUCUUUGGCAAGUGUUCAAGCUGGCACCUUGGCCUUGCCUGUAAUUACUGUAUAG